AUGGCAACUCUUGGGGAUAUUGGUGUGUCGGCCCUUAUCAACAUAUUGAGUGCCUUUGCAUUCUUGCUGGCCUUCGCGCUGCUCAGAAUCCAGCCAAUCAAUGACAGAGUUUACUUUCCCAAAUGGUACAUGGCUGGGAAGAGGACGAGCCCCAGGGGAUGGGGUGGUGUGGUGGGCAAAUUUGUCAAUCUCAAUGUCAUGACUUACUUCACUUUUCUCAACUGGAUGCCUCAGGCACUCAAGAUGAGUGAGCCUGAGAUCAUUAGCCAUGCUGGGCUUGAUUCUGCUGUUUUCUUGAGGAUUUAUACUCUUGGCUUGAAAAUAUUUGGACCAAUAGCGAUUGCGGCUCUUCUGUUUCUGAUUCCCGUGAAUGUAUCUGAUGGAACUUUAUUUUUUCUGCGCCAUGACUUGGUUGUGAGUGACAUCGACAAGCUUUCGAUAUCAAAUGUUCGUCCCAAGUCUUAUAAGUUCUUUGUCCACAUAUCAAUGGAGUACUUGUUUACUUUCUGGGCUUGUUUCCUGCUUUACAAGGAGUAUGGUAGAGUCGCAUCAAUGCGGCUAAAUUUUUUGUCUUCGCAGGGCAGGUGUGCCGAACAAUUCACGGUUCUUGUUAGGAAUGUGCCGCAUGUUUCUGGACGCUCAGUGUCCGAUAGUGUUGAGACCUUCUUUCAGAGAAAUCAUCCUGAUCAUUAUUUAUGUCACCAGGCUGUGUACAAUGCAAACAAGUUUGCGAAACUGGUUAAUAAAAGAAACCGACUCCAGAAUUGGCUGGAUUACAACCAGCUUAAGUUUGAGAGACAUCCAGACAAGAGGCCCACAAGAAAGGCUACUUUUUUCAUUACAUACAUAAUGGUCGAUGGCUGGGCCGGGAUCGCAGGUGAAAUCCUACGGUUGAAACCUUUAGUAAUAUUCCACCUCAAGAACAUGUUCAUUGUAAAAACUGAGAGGGACUUGGAGAAGGCAAUGAACCCUGGUGGCGUUAGUUUCCCUGAGACUUUACCGAGCCUUCAAUUGUAUUUCCUAUUGGGCAUUGUGUACAUGGUUGUCACUCCAAUCCUUCUUCCUUUUAUUCUCGUCUUCUUUGCCUUAGCCUACUUUGUGUACCGUCAUCAGGUAAUCAAUGUAUAUGAUCAACAGUAUGAGAGUGCUGCAGCAUUUUGGCCGCAUGUUCACGGUCGCAUUAUAGCGAGCUUGCUAAUCUCUCAACUCCUUUUAAUGGGCUUAUUGAGCACAAAAGAGGCUGCAAAUUCCACUCCUUUACUUGUGGUGCUACCGAUAUUGACUUUGGCCUUCCACAAAUACUGCAAGAGUCGGUUCGAACCUGCAUUUAGAAAGUACCCUCUUGAGGAGGCUAUGUCGAAGGACACGCAAGACCGUGCUUUAGAAUCCGAAGUCGACUUGAAAUCCUACUUGGCCGACGCGUAUUUGCAUCCCAUUUUCCACUCGUUUGAGGAGGUUGACUUGAUUGAAGUCAAAGUCGAGAAAAAUGAGGACCAUGUGGCGAGUUCUUCCCCGAGCAAGCCCAGUUCUCCAUCCCCUCAGCAUACAGAUCAUGAUGAAAACGAGCCCGCUCAAACUGUGCAGCACUAUGAAGUUGAACCACCGCAGGCUAUGUAUCAUUAUGAAUUUGAAUCAUAUGAUAAUGUGUAUCGGUAUGACACUGGGUCACAGUAUCAAUACUAUCACUAUUGA